UUGGUCAAAAUAUUCCACCUGAUUAUUAUUCUAUAUUCACGACGCCGUGCGAUUAGAAGACCGGGAUGCAAAAUUAGUCCCAAACCGGCAACCGCGCUCUCUUUCUUUUACCAUCAACGAUGGCUGACCAUCAGACUGAACGUGCUUUUCAAAAGCAACCAACAGUUUUCCUUAACCGUAAAAAGGGAACUGGUUCUAAAUCAUUGAAAACUCCACGUUACACUCGUAAUGUUGGUCUUGGUUUCAAGACUCCACGUGAGGCUCUUGAAGGUGGUUACAUUGACAAAAAAUGUCCAUUCACUGGCAAUGUGUCAAUUCGUGGACGUAUCUUGACUGGUGUUGUCCAAAAAAUGAAGAUGCAACGUACCAUCGUCAUCCGUAGAGAUUAUCUUCAUUAUAUUAGAAAAUAUACACGUUUUGAAAAAAGACAUCGUAACAUGAGUGUACAUUUGUCACCAUGUUUCAGAGAUGUUGAAAUUGGUGAUGUUGUCACCAUUGGAGAAUGCAGACCCCUUAGUAAAACAGUUCGUUUCAAUGUACUCAAGGUUACCAAGGGAUCAGGACAAAAGAAAAGCUUCAAAAAAUUCUAAUUACAAUGAAAUAACAAAUGGUUAAAUUGAGCGUCAACAUCUACUUGAAACAUCUUACCAAUUUUGAUACAAUAUUUUCUUAUGUUAUCUCAAGUAAAUUAAUAAAAUUAGCCAAAUAACAAAAAUUU